UCAGGCGGCCGCAGAGAUGGAGGACGUGCUGGACCUAGGCGAGGAGCGGCGUCGUGGCUCGGCCAUCUCCGGAGCCAAGAUGGGGCGCCGAGCUCAACAGGACUCAGCUCAAGCCGGGAAUCAUCUCACUGGCAAGAAUUCCUCUUCGACUCUGACUGCAGAGGCUCCCCCUCCCAAGCCACCGCGCCGUCAAGGAGGCUGGGCGGAUGACUCCACGAAGGCUUCCAAGUCAGGAAGGAGGGCUUCUGAAGAAAUAGAAGAUCACCGCCUCAGACAGCAGAGCCUGGAUGGAUCAGAUGAUGGAGGAGAUAUUCCUGUUAUUCCGGACCUGGAAGAAGUACAGGAGGAAGACUUUGUUUUGCAGAUGGCGGCCCCUCCCAGCAUCCAGGUCAACCGGGUGAUGACCUACCGCGACCUGGACAAUGACCUCAUGAAGUACGCAGCCUUUCAGACCUUGGAUGGAGAGAUCGACCUGAAGCUCCUCACCAAAGUCCUGGCUCCGGAGCAUGAGAUUCGAGAGGACGACGUCAGCUGGGACUGGGACCGUCUGUACACUGAGGUGUCCUCAGAGCUCCUCAGCGAGUGGGACGUGCUGCAGGCGGACAAGGAGGACCCCGUGGGACAGCAGCCCUCGCACACCUGAGCCCGGGGGUCGCUCUCCCUGCAUGCGGUCACCUCUGCUUUGGACUCGAGACGGAGGCCAUAAACCUAAAACUAAAGAAGCUUGCAAGCAGCUCAGAAAUUUUAUGUGGACUAUUUUGUAAUAAAAAUAUCUAUUUUCA